UUUUCAGAUAUGAGGUCUGUUAUGUUAUUUAUGCUUGUGUUGUAUGCGCUAACAGCUCUCAGUGAUGCUUUUCGAACGCAAAGUGUAGCAGUGAAGGGAAAGUUGAUGUGUGGUGACCAACCAGCAGCAAACGUCCAUGUAAAAUUAUAUGAUGAAGAUCACGGUGAUCCUGAUGAUGUGUUGGAUAAUACGUAUACUAAAGCUGAUGGAUUAUUCAGUUUGAGCGGUUUCGCUUCCGAAAUCACGCCAAUCGAUCCAGAAUUACGAAUAUAUCACGACUGCAAUGAUAAUGGGAGGCCUUGUCAUAGAGAAUGGGUCAUUCGGAUUCCAAGCAAAUACAUUUACUUGGGUUCAGAGCCCUCAGAGCCUAUGGAUUUGGGAACAAUGAAUCUAGAAGUUGAGCUAGAAAGCGAACUUCAGGAAUGUAAAGAAGAAUGAAGUGGUUUUAUAAAUGUGAUUUGUAAACUUGUAUAAAAUAAAUUCUUGCACAC